GAGAGAGAGAGAAGGUCGAAUAAUGGCGGAAGACCUCUUUUCCGAUCUCCCACCGCCCUCUGCCACUCUCCAACGGAACACCGACGAGUCGACCAUUGGCGGAACGUUGACCAAGAAGGACAACGCUGCGCCUCUUAAUCCGCCUCCUCCCCCCGUUCAGCGCAUCCUCAAGGGCGCUCUCAAGAAGCAGAAACCCUCUGAAUCAUCUCAGGAGCAAGCUCCACAAAAACGUUUAAGAUUUAAAACAACUGUAGAUGCUUCUGAAACACAAAUAAUUGAAGCCAUGCAAAAGAUAGCAGCACAUAUAAGAAAUCCUAGCAAGUUUGGUAAAGCAUCAAAGCUUGCACUGCAACUGGUUCAAGCUGGCAGUGUGAAGCCUGGAACUGCAGAUCAGUUUUUCAGUAUACUAGAAGCUGCAAUGUCUACGACUACAGCAUGUACAGAUCCUUCGUUGAGAGCAGAUUAUAGCUUGUUAUUCUCCUCUAUUCAAGAUAUUGCUAAGUUCUUCAAUACGCAGCAGAAGAAUCAGCUGACUACAUGGACUCUUAGAGCAGUUGUUGCAAAUGAUUUGAAUACAGAUGAUAGUUUUGUGUUCUCAAAGGCAGCUGGUCGGGUAAAGGAGGCCAUAUCUAGUCUUCCAUUUGCUAGUGAGGAGGAUGAUAUUGAAGAAGCGACAGCUUUAACUAGUGCCAACCAUCAAGAAGAAACUCCGGAGGAUGAAAGGGUGGGAAAGGCCUCAAAAAAUGAUGAAAUAGAAACUAUGCAAGAGGACCCCUUUGGAUUGGAUGAAUUGCUUCCUUCCGGCACAAAGAGAGUUGAAAAGCGUAAAGAGAAGAAAGAUGCGAUGGUUAGAGUGAAGAAAGCAGAAGAUGAGCAUAAAAGGUUUCUAACGGCACAAAGAGAAGCUCUAAUUCUGUGCUUAGACAUUGCUGCCCGUCGCUAUAAAACACCAUGGGCCCAAACUGUGAUUGAUAUCUUGGUGAAACAUGCUUUUGACAACAUUGGUAGAUUUACUGCACAACAAAGGGAUGCAAUUGAGAAGCUUUGGACGUCCAUCCGUGAACAGAUGACACAUAGAAAGCAAGGCAAAUCAGUUACAGGAAAACUAGACAUGAAUGCCUUUGAGAUGCUUCAGGAGAAGUAUGCCAAUGAAAAGAUCAGCAUUCGUCAUGCAGUUGGAGGAGGCGGGGAUCGACGAGCAGAACAAUGGCUGGGCUAAUUAUGGACCCUCUGAGGUCGUUUACUUUAUGAAUGCCUUCUUCGGUGAAAUGUCUAUUUUCUCUUCAAAAAAUCUCCACAGGAACAAGAACCGUCCUUGAAAUGGUGAAAGCGAUUUUAAUCCCUUACAGCAAUUACUGGGCCGUAGAUUUUAGAGAUGAGCUUUGAAGCAGAGUGACAGUCAUCACUUACUCGGAGGUUCUUCACCAUCCUGAUUGGGGCGUUUGAAGCUGUACUAAUAAGACCAAAUGCUGUAGCCAGUUUCUCACUAUGGUUAGCAAGUGCAAUCUUUUUUUCUUGCUUAUCUAUAUUAAGCAAAACCACAGAAUUGUUGGCAAUGUAACCUGCAAUUUUUAGUUGUUCAUUUCGGCUGGCAUUUCUUGUAUUUCUGGGGCCCGAGGAUGCGAAUGGUCCCCAUUACGAACUGAUGUAUUGAACUGUUCACUCUUAUCGAACUAAAACCAGGUUUCUUUUUAA